GCUUCAGAAUUUGUAAAUCAUAGCGGACAGAAAUGAGUGAAUAUCGUAGCACAAUUUCGGCACGACCGGGUUACAACCGUAUUAGCUCAACAACCAGCUCAAGCACCUUUGGAGGUCUUCCAUCCGGUAAUCGAGUAGUAAAAAUGGUAACAGAAAUGAGUUCCUCUUCACUAACCAGUGGCAUGUCACCAUUUGGUCAGAAUGCUGCAUCCACGAUUCGUGAUGCUCGUGAACGAGAGAAGAAAGAAAUGAGUGAUUUAAACGAUCGUUUGGCUGAUUAUAUCGAAAAGGUGCGUUUCUUGGAAGCACAGAACCGUAAACUGAAUGCUGAUUUGGAUAUGCUACGCGGACGUUGGGGAAAAGACACGUCAAGUAUCAAAAUAAUGUUCGAAGGGGAACUUUCUGAAGCUCAGAAAGUGAUCAAUGACACAGGAAAGCAAAGGAACGAGCUGGAGAAGCAAAUUAAAAAGAUGCAGGAAGAGCUGGCGGAGUACCGCAGGAAGUAUGUCCCUGAAACUCUUUCUACGAUUUCACGUCUGGCUGAUCGUGACAAAAUUGACGAGCUUCUAGUUGCAUUAUCAAAUAUUGAAGCUGAAAUCAAUCUUUUGCGUCGACGAAUUGCUCUGUUGGAGGAAGAAAUUUCACGAAUAAAAAAAGAAAACCAGCGUCUUGUGGGCGAAUUACAGCGUGCACGAACAGACCUAGAUCAAGAAACAUUAAAUCGCAUCGACUAUCAGAACCAAGUGCAAACACUUCAGGAAGAGAUUGACUUCAUUCGCCGCGUGCAAGAUCAGGAAAUCCGUGAUUUACAGGCAAUGGCAGCACGUGAUACCACUAGUGAAAAUCGUGAAUUUUUCAAAAAUGAGCUGUCAUCGGCUAUUCGUGACAUCCGUAAUGAAUAUGAUCAGAUGACAAGUGCCAACCGCAACGAUAUGGAAUCGUGGUACAAACUGAAAGUACAAGAAAUCCAGACGCAAUCGGCGCGUCAAACUAUGGAGCAAGGUUAUCAACGGGAAGAAGUUAAACGACUCCGUGUACAACUGGGUGAUUUACGAGGAAAGUUGGCGGAUUUGGAAGGAAGAAAUUCAUUGUUGGAGAAGCAAAUCCAAGAGUUAAAUUUCCAACUUGAGGACGACCAACGCUCAUAUGAAGCGGCGCUUAAUGAUCGCGAUGCGCAAAUUCGUAAGAUGCGUGAAGAAUGUCAAGCGUUGAUGGUUGAAUUGCAAAUGUUAUUGGAUACCAAACAGACUUUGGACGCCGAGAUAGCAAUUUAUAGAAAGAUGUUGGAAGGCGAAGGUGAUGGACCAGGCCUAAAACAACUGGUUGAACAGGUGGUUCGCACUACAGGCAUCAGCGAAGUCGCUGAUACUGAAACAAUGCGUGUGGUAAAGGGUGAAACAUCUUCCCGUACAUCAUACACUCGCUCAGCGAAAGGCAAUAUUUCCAUCCAGGAAACAUCACCAGAUGGUAAAUUCAUCGUCCUUGAGAAUACACAUCGUUCCAAAGAAGAACCAAUCGGUGAAUGGAAGCUGAAGAGAAAGAUUGAUGGAAAACGUGAAAUUGUUUAUACACUCCCGAGAGACUUUAUACUAAAACCGAGUAAAACCGUCAAAAUUUGGAGCCAUGGACAGGGCGGAGUUCACGCACCACCCGAGCAGCUUAUCUUCGAGGCCGAAGAGUCAUUCGGGGUGGGAAGUAAUGUGCAAACAAUCCUUUAUAAUAAGGAGGGCGAGGAACGGGCAACUCAUAUUCAACGCUCGAGCCAAACAGUAAGCUAAGAAACACUGCUCUUCUCUUCCAUUACCCACUGUUUCUCCUUCCCCUCUGUCUCUUCCUUCCCUCAUCAUCCCUUAUACUGUAUCUGUUUGUCGUCUACUUUUGUUAUAUUUCAAUCGUCAAUAAAGAUUAUUUGUUGAACAUA